UUGUUGCAGGUAAAGACAAAACUGUGCGACUGAGAGAAAGAAGAGACUGCAGAGAAGCAGCUGACCUUGGUGUCACCUCCUGCAGUGAACCAUCCGUCCCACGCUUUCACUUCCUGGAUUCAUUCUGUCUGAGCUGCUGCUGCGGCCGUGAAGCGGGACCGAUCUUCAGCUUCGCUCUUCGGCAGCACGAGAACCUGCAAAUGGCUCCCCAGAGGAUGCGCCGCAGCGCCGCUCUGCUGCUGCUCCUGCUCCACGUCGCCCCCAUCACCUCGCAGACGUGUGGAGCCGUGCCGGGGAUUCCUGGGGUCCCAGGGACCCACGGGCCCAACGGCCCCGACGGCCCCAAAGGAGACAAAGGGGACGCAGGUGAGUCCGCUCACUCCGUCAAAGGCCAGAAGGGGCAGCACGGCAUGCGGGGCCCCCCCGGCCGGCCCGGCUUGAAGGGGGACGUGGGUCUGCCGGGACCUGCGGGACCUGUGGGACAGACGGGAGCGAGGGGAAAACCCUUCAUCGACUCGUCGCUGCAGAGGAUGUACUUCUCCAGGAAAUGCAUUUUAACACAAAGGCCAGAACUCAACGCGAACCUCGCCUUCAACAGGGAGAUUUUGCCGGAGCUGGAGUCGGAGCUUCAGGGGGAACGUCUGGAGAGCGGCAUGUUCACCUGCAGCGUGAGGGGCGUCUACUUCUUCACCUACCACAUAUCAGCCAAGAACAGAGUGUGCGUGAACCUGAUGAAAGGCAGCCUCGUGCACAUGGCGCAGUGCGACCACUUCAAGGGCUUCGUGGUCUCCUCCGGCUCCGCGCUGCUGGAGCUGGAGGUGGGAGACACCGUAUCGCUGCAGGCGACGCCACACACCAACCUGGCCAUGAACCAGAACAGUGCCACCCAUCUCUUCACCGGCUUCCUCAUCUUCUCCACAUGAGCCUCAGAAAACAGCACGGGUGCAGUGAUGGUUCUAUGGUUUAGAAUUCAAGUCAUUUAAGCCUGUUUUGAACUUUUACACUAUAAUAAAUGAGUCACAGUCAA